AUGUUUGCAACAACAACUUUCCGUUUGAUGGAAAAGUCAAUCUUUUUGGUGGUGACUCUAGGCAAAUAUAUGAAAAGAGGACAACCAGUUGAAGUUGUAGAAUCAUGUAUAAAAUGUUCUUUACAAUGGCAAGGGGUUCAGAAGUUUACAUUAACUGAAAAUAUGAGAGUACGUGAUGGAGAAGGAGAAUUUUCCAAAUUGCUGUUAAAACUUGGUAGUGGAACAAUAUCUGUCAAGGAGGAAGAUCCUUUUAAAGGAUGUAUUGAAAUACCGCAACAGUGCAUUAUUAGAGAACAAGUAUUAAUUGUUGAAAAAUUAUUUGGAGAUGCUCAACAAGAUGAUUAUGCUAAACGUCUCAUUUUAACACUUACUAAUGUGGAUUCAUUGUCAAUUAAUAAAGAAGUGCUUGAACGUCUACAUGGAGAAGUCAAAACUUAUUUAAGUGCUGAUCAAAUAGAGACUGAUGGCCUUAAUGAAAGAAAUAAUUUCCCUGUUGAGUUUUUGAACAGCUUAACUCCUUCAGAGGUUUUGACAGGUGUUUCUGAAGGUAAACGGGUAUUUGUUCCUCGAAUUCAGUUGGCUCCGUCGGAUUCUAACUUACCUUUUGUUCUAAAACGUCGCCAUUCUAUGACAAUUAAUAAAAGUCAAGGGCAAACGUUUGAUAGAGUUGCGUGUUCAGGAACAAGAACGUUUAAUAGUUUAUUUUUUAAAGUUGAUAAACAUCCUGUUCAAGGUAUGCUAGAAAAAGCUAUUCAAAGUGCUGAGCAAAAACGAGAAUUAAAUAUAGAAGAUCUCAGUUUAAAAUCUCUCAAUAAAAAGUUUUCUGUCUUCGACUCAACAAAAAAACGUACUUCAAAUUUGGAGUUUUUAUUUCAGUGUUUAAUAACAAUCCAACCAACAUCUGUUGAGAGUGAAUGA